AUGGCCAAUAACUCUUGUCUCAUUAUUAUCUCUCUCAUUGGAGUUCUUUCGUUCACCAUCAUUUCAAAUGUGGCAUCAUCUAAUGACGUCGUUUCCACCAUCUGUCUAAAAACCUCAAAUCCACAAUUUUGUUCAAGUGUGUUGAAAUCUGCAGGCACUACAGAUCUAAAAGGCUUGGUUGUAUACACCUUAAACCUUGCUCAUACAAAUGCUGAAAAAUCUUUGACUCUAGCCAACUCACUGGCAAAAACUGCCACUAAUCCUCAACUUAAGCAACAAUAUUCGUCUUGUGCUGAGAGCUAUGAUGAAGCUAUUGGUGACAUUGAAAAUGCCCAAAAGGACUUGGCACUUGGGGACUUUAAUGGUGUCAAUAUUGUAACUUCUGGUGCCAUGACAAAUAUUGAAAGGAAAACAGAUGAUGACCCUGCCCGUUUUGGCGUUGCCUGA